UUUCCUGUCCUGUCUUCUCUCCCUGUGCUUGAAUGGAGAGGCCGGGUUCUCUGGAACCUGCACCCCCCUUGCAGGGUGCAGAACCCGUUGCUGGGGUUCCUGCUGCCAAGAUGGAGGCGCCUCCUGUGGAUGAGAGGGCAACAUUUGCCAGCUCCAAGCUGUUUUGGUGUGCGUGUGUGAAGCGUUGGCUACCUCUGGCCUACAGAGAGGAACUUUAUCACGUCUUACGACUCACAGGCCCCCUGCUGCUGUCCCGGAUUCUGAACUUUCUCCUGCCGUUUGUUAUCACCAUUUUUUGCGGUCACAUUGGAAAUGCAGAGUUGGCUGGAUAUGCCCUGGCCUCAGCGACGAUCAACGUGACAACAACUGCAACAGGCUACGGCCUGACGAUGGCGUGUGAUACUCUCAUUUCCCAGACAUAUGGCAGCAGGAACAUGAAACGUGUGGGAGUUAUUCUACAGAAAAGCACCCUGAUCCUGCUGAUGUUUUGUCUGCCUUGUUGGGCUCUCCUUGUCAACUCCCACAAUUUACUGCUCCUUCUUCAGCAAGAGCAUGAAGUGGCCCGAACUGCCCACCUUUAUGUGAUGGCAUUUCUUCCUGCUGUUCCAGCUAUGUUUUUGCAUCAGCUGCAGGUUUCUUAUCUACAAAACCAGGGAAUCAUUCUACCUCAGAUGUACACGGCUGCAGUAGCCAACAUUUUGAACUUGGGAAUCAAUUUUCUUCUUAUUUCUGUGCUCAAGCUGGGUGUAAUAGGAUCAGCAGCUGCCAACAGCCUCUCUCAGAUCAUCAUUUGCCUUCUGUUGUUUGGCUACAUCAGGUGGAAGAAGCUCUAUAAGCAGACAUGGGGAGGUUGGUCCACUGAAUGUCUGCAGGGCUGGGGUUCCUACAUGAAGCUGGCCGUUCCCAGCGCAUUCAUGAUCUGCUUUGAGUGGUGGGUCUGGGAGGUUGGAGGCUUUCUUGCAGGUUGGCUUGGAGAAGAUGACCUGGCUGCCCAGCAUCUGAUGGUAGAAAUAGGAGCCAUAACAUACAUGUUUCCUUUAGGUAUCCACGCUGCAGCCUGUGUGCGUGUGGGCAACGCUUUGGGAGCCGGCAACACAUCAAGAGCCAUAAUCACCUGCAAAGUUGCCUUAGUUCUUUCAGGAGUGCUGGCUCUGUUCCAGGGGUUCAUCCUUGCUGGCUGUAAGUCCGUCAUUGGCUACAUAUUUACCUCAGACGACAAAAUUGUGCAGCUCGUAUCAGACAACUUGACAGUUUACACAUUUCUUCAGUUCCUUGAUGCACUUCUGUGUGUCUGCUCAGGAAUUCUUGUUGGAUGUGGGAUGCAGAAAAUCGCAGCCCUGUCAAAUUUGAUAUUUUACUACCUCAUCGGCCUACCUGUCGGAAUAGCACUGAUGUUUUGGGCCAAGCUGCGAAUAUUAGGCUUGUGGCUCGGUCUCCUAAUUUGUGUUUUCAUCCAGACGGGUUUCUUCCUUGCUUUGAUCUUUAAAGCCGACUGGAAAAAAGUGACGCAGAAGGCUCAGAAGCGAGCUGGGAAAACGGUGGUUGUGGCCCCAGUGCGUCCUGUUAGUGCAGUUCUAAAUGAAGCGAUCUUACCGGAUGUCAUUGUCUGCCCAGAUUCGGCCCAAGAAAAGAGUGACGCAGCUCUCGGAACAGAGGGCUACAGUCGGGUUAAUACCCAAGAUCAGGAGCUGAAAGGAGGCCACGGGUCAGAGGAAAGUCACACUAAUGCUGCAGUAAAUGAGACCGACGCAGAAAAGAGCAAAGAAUCAUCUGACUCCAAAGCUGCAGAGAAGCUCUCCACCUCUCAGCUGAUCAUGCGUCGGGGACUAACUUUGCUGUUCUCAGUUCUUAUUUUGAUAACAGGAGUUGUUUUCCAAAUUGCUUUUCCUGUAGCAGCACCCAGUGCCCAGAGUGUGGCCAACGCCUCCUUAGACUGGGUUGAUUUCUCCACUCCCACACCACUGGAUGCACUGAACCUGACCACAAGCUUGUGAGCUUCUUGGAAUGGGGCCCCCUGCUGACAACAUGUGGUUACUGCACUGGUUCCAUGCGGUGGGGAGAGAAAAAAAAACAACAAAAAACGCCUUACUGGCCAACUGCUGAGUGAAUCCAGCAAGCGAUAUGAAACUCCACUGACUCUGGCAGGAAGAACAAAUGUUUUGAAGCAAAGAUCAGGUUUUAGCCCUCUCUGUCAAAAGUACAUGGCUGUACUGUGGUGAGGAACAUUGAUACCAAUCCCUCACCAGCACACUAAGUGUAAAGUGCCAAAUAUGCUGCUAUCAGUGACGUGCGGUGAGGUUCAUGACUGGUGAGGCUACACCACAGUCAGAUGUACAAAUCAAAAAUCAAAUACAGGAGCUAUAUUUUAAUUUUGACCAUGACUAAUUAAAGUUUCUAACAAUAUAACGGCAAGAAAGAUAGAAGAAUAUGUAAAGAGGUAAUUUUCUUAAAUUAUUUGGAUGUUUUCUUUGGCUGACCUCUCUUUUCUGAUUAAAAUGGAAAAUUAUGUAUAAUCCAACCUUUAUUUUAUAGAUACAUGUAUAUCUCUGUCAUUCUGUUGUAAAACGAAAAAAAAGAAAAAGUUAUUGUUUCUCCUUUACCUCUCAUUAAAGAGAAUGGCUUGAGCAGUUCUGUUUGUCUAUAUUCCCACCCCUGACUGUUUUCAGUCUUUUCAGUCUGUGUAGAAGAAGAGCACGUGUUGCUCGUUGUGUCUAUGAUGCUCAGCACUGCCCCCUAUCACUGAGGCAUGGUACUUCCUGUCUCGCGCCGAGCAUUUUCACUGAACUUUUAUGUCCGAUCAGAAAGACUAAAUAUACCACAAACGUUCAUUAAAUUUAUCAAUAAGACGGUGGAAUGUCAAUAUAUGCAGAAAAUGUGUAAUUAAACAAGUACAUUGGAAAGUGCCAUUUCAUUCGUUUGUGUGGAUACAGCGACCCCAAAGGUCACUUUUCAGUCUCCUCUGGACUACUUUUUUUUUUUUUUUUUUUUUACUAAUUGGAACAGAGCUUUUAACUUUAAAAACUUGAAAAUUCAAAUUUGCUUUAAUUUUCUCCUCCAAAUUUAUAAUUACAACAAUGGCAUUUCAAAUGGUUUUGUGGGUAAGAAGGCCUUGACUACAACAGUGCCAGCUUCUGAUUGGUUAACUUGUCCAUUACGUAGCGACAGCCCCACCCACUCACUCUGAGGGGUAAGUCUGACAGAUAAAUGCAGCUUGUGACCAUAAAGAAAUUAAAUAAAUAGUGAAAUAACUGUAGAUUUUUUAUUUAUAAAUUGACUUUUGUUUUAAUUAUUGAAACCAACAACAAUAUUAAUUUAAAGAUUUAUUUACUUUUCUGAAUUUUGGCACUUUUGGACCUGCAUGGAAAUUUGGCAUGAACAUAUUAUUGAUUUGAUUUCUGUGUGCAUUGCCCUGUAUAGUAAAACUUUAACCCUUCAGUAAUUUUAUUAUGCAUUAGAAGACUAAACAUUGAGUGUAAAUAUGUAUUUUGUACACAUGGAAAAAUUACCUGCACAGAUGUAAAUACAUAUCACUAAAUAUGUUAAAUAAUAGUUUUAUUUUUAUGUCAUUAUAAAUUUGUUCUGAGUUUUGUCUUGGCAUGAUUGACUAAUUAAAAACAUUUUAAAUGAACAAUGUGAUUGUGUGAACAUUUUAUGAACUUUACCAAUAAAAAUAAUGAAGUCAAUCAAGAGAAAUUAGAGAUGAUGAAGCAUUAAAGUCAGACAGGUAUGACACUAUAUGAUUAGUUUUAAAUAAAUGUGGCAGUUUUGGUAUUUCUAAAGGCACUGACAUCAGAAAAUACAAAAGAAUGCAUGUAUCAUUCAGAUUACCUCCAUUUUAUUGAUGAAAACUGAAUUUCAACUAUUUUUUUCCCAAUUAGGACUCAUCAUCACACAAGCACACGCUAGACGUUCCCCAACAACAUGACACAACAAAUAAGGUAGCACCAUUUCUUAAGCGACCAUGGUACACCAUGACUCUGAAACUCAAUUCAGACAGGAGAUUUUUGUCUCUUUCCGCUGGUUAAUGAUGCCACAGCAUGUUACUGAUUGCAGUCUCUGUAAGGAGCCUCUGGCAAGAUCUCCGCUGAUGAGCAAAAUGUGUCCAUGUAUGAAUCCAACCUGAUUUACAUAUUGAAUAACAAUCAAUUAUUUUGCAUUUUAAAGGACUA